AUAAAAAAGACGCUGUAUUCAAUAAAUCGCAAAACAGUGUCAAAAUUAUCCAAUAAAAAAUAUAUCAGAUACCUUUUGUGUGAUAACGUAAUCUGUGACGAUAAGAGCUUGGGCUCAGUGACUCGCUAUACGCGCGCAAAAGCGGUACACUCAACCAUGUCGGAGAAGGAGCUUGCCAGGAGAGAGGCAGAACUAAGUGACAUUAGAGUGGAAGCUGUGAGGAACCAACAGAGAAGGAACACACACGCAGCAGUGCCGACAGUAGACAGUGCCUAUGAAGGACGCACGAAGGGUUUGCCGAAGGUUUCGAGCCGGUCCAAUGACUUCGUCUACGUCAACAGGGCGUACGUCGGAAGCCUGAACAGUGUUAACGAGCCGAGGGGGGCGCAUGAGCCGAUUACUGGGGUCUACCGCGAGCAGUACUGGGCCUGUUCCAAAUGGUCUUUCGCGAAGAAAGGUCUGGCCAUCGCUGUGGGAGUUCUCCUAGGCGGUGUGAUCGGGCUAGCCGUUACCCUGAUCAUCAAGGAAAAGUCUGCAGAAGAGAUUAUUGGAGGCAUCUUCAUGGCGUCAGCACCUGACUAGUGAAUCGAUGAACUGUUUGUUGGAGCCCUGUGGCCUAUUGGUGGAAGAUAGUGAUCUAGUACUAUAUGUAUAUGGACUUGAAUGACGUUACGGCGAACGCCAUCGUCUCCAUUUUGAACGUGAACUUUUUCAUUUGUGAUAAUGACUUAAGUUAUAAAUAUAACAUUAAGAUUAGCUUGAUUUUUUUAAACGAGAUGUUACUUAGAAUUGGUUAUAGCUUUCAGAUCAUCUAAUGCUUAGAUUUUUUCAAGAAAAUCAAAGAUAUUGGAAUGGGUUGAUUUUGGACUGACAUUUAAUUUUAAGUCUGUCGUGCAUUUUAAAUAAUCUUCGGAUUAUUCAAAAUACUUAUCUUAAUAAGUAUUUACAGGUAUUUUAUAUCGGCGACUUCUAGAAAGUGAUCGAAAUGUGUAGACAGUCUUAAAAUAUAAUUUUGACCAGUAUUGUUAAUUCUUGGUAAAUCGUAUUCCAGCAAAAUAUGAAGAGGGAUUUAUGUAAAAUUAGCUUACAAAUAAGGCAACCGAUUAUUUUUUACAAAACUGGCAGUCCCAGUUUUGUAAAAAACCUUCAGAACUCAUCAUCAUUUAAAUUUUGCCACUAGCUCCACCUAAAUUAUGUCACGAUCUAAGCAAAACAUAGAUAGUUUAUAGAAAUCCGCAGGAAAGCAGUUAGAGACUGCUUUCCUGCGGGCGAUAAAUUAAAUUCCGCAAUAUUGCAAAUUAUGCACCCUACCAAGUCAAUUAAAUAGCCAAAUUAGAAUUAUUACGCAUUUCUGUAGGAUUAAAUGGAAGAUUCCCCAAGACAUUUGAGCUGUAAGGUCGGACUAAUGAAUACAAAUAUGUAUGUAAGUAAGUAAACAUAGAUAGGUACAUGGUAUUUUUUAAUUUACCAAUAAGGUAAAGGUACAUACAAAUGUAUCGUAUUCAAUUAGGUAUUAAGUUGGGUAAGGUGUGUUUGUAUAUAUGUAUACUUAUUGGUUGAUUUUAGAUUUACAUAGAUGGACUGAUUGAAAUUCGUAUUAUACAUACAUAUAUUGAUAGUCACAUCUAAUAGUUAACAAUUAUGUAAAAGCUUUAUGAGUAUUUGAAAUGAGUUUGUAGGUACGUCAUUAUAAGUAAGGCUGUAUGUACAUUUUGUAAAUAAACUAUCAGAUUCAACCUA